AUGACUGCCUUGAGUGCUGCCGACGACCAAAACAUGCGUACAAGGGUACCAACACCUCUCUCCUGGGGCGUUCUUACGGAACCACAUCUCUUGUCCUCUUUUCCAACAGCCGGUGUAAAUAAAUUUGACCUGAUCUUUGUGACUAGCCUCCUCCACCUCCUGUAUGUCUACGAUCAACUGUACUGCGUCCGUCGGUGCGCCUCACCGACGAAGCAGGACAGAGGCCCACCAAUUAGUGAGAAAAUUGGAGGAGCCUUCACGCCGGUCAAAUUCAUUAUCGCCGUCGUCGUUGCCGUUACUGUCACUGUCCUCACCGAUUCUGCCAACACCUACACCACCCCCAUCGCCAACUUCCACGAGUAG